AUGGGGCUCAGCGGUGGUAGGGGGCUCGAUGCUGGACUCGACACGGAGGCCCUCCCCCUCCACAGGAGCGAGUACCUCUCGGCCCGGGACGCGAACGGCCACGGCACGCACACGGCGUCUACCGCGUCGGGCUCCGCCGUGGACGCAGCCAGCUUCCACGGCCUCGCGGCGGGCGUUGCGCGCGGCGGCGCGCCGCACGCCCGCAUUGCCGUGUACAAAUCACUCUGGCUCACAGAGGACGGCAAUGGCCGUGGCAGCGAGGCGAUGCUGUCCCUUGGUGCCGUCGCCGAUUCCCAGGACUCGUUCGCCGCCCUGCAUGCGGUUCAGAAGGGGAUCACCGUCGUGUUCGCCGGCGGGAACAACUGUCCGAGGCCUCAGUCCGUUGCGAAUAAUGCUCCGUGGGUCAUCACCGUGGCCGCGAGUACGAUUGAUGAUCGCUCGUUUCCAACGGUCAUCACGCUGGGAGACAAGCAGCGGAUAGCGGGACAAUCUCUGUACUACCAAGAGAAGAACUCAACCGGGAGCAGUUUCAGAGGCCUUGCCGUUGCAGGCCUCUCUCCGGUGGCAAAGAUUGGACCAGCACGUAGCGUUGCAGGUAAAGGGUUACUGGCUCCCAAAGUCGCAGCCUUCUCCUCCAGAGGUCCAUCCAUCGACUACGCUGAUGUUAUCAAGCCUGACAUAGCUGCACCUGGAGCUAGCAUCUUAGCAGCAAUGAGAGACUCCUAUAAGUUUGACACAGGGACAUCAAUGGCUGCUCCACACACUGGUCUCCUGCUGGCGCUCAAAUCUGCUAUUGUCACCACUGCAUCUGUGACUGACGAACACGGCAUGCCCAUACUGGCUGAAGGGUUGCCUAGGAAGAUUGCUGACCCAUUUGACUAUGGAGGUGGCCACAUCAACCCUAACAGAGCAGCAGAUCCUGGCCUGAUUUAUGACAUCGAUCCAAUCGAUUACGACCAAUUCUUUCGCUGCAGUAUCGACACAUCCGUUAGCUGUAAUGCAACAUCGGUGCCAGGGUAUCUCUUGAACCUGCCAUCCGUCUUGGUUCCAAAUCUGAGGUAUCCAGUUACCGUGCCGAGAACUAUCACAAAUGUUGGUGAGGUCGAUGCAGUUUACCACGUCGUUGCGGUUGAGAGCCCUGCAGGAGUCGAGAUCGAAGUUGAGCCGUCGGUUCUUGUGUUCAAUGCUGCAAACAAGGUUCACACAUUUCGGAUCAAGUUAUCACCUAUGUGGAGGUUACAAGGGGAUUACACAUUUGGCAGCCUUACGUGGUACAAUGAUCAUAGGACAGUGCGCAUUCCAGUUGCAGCCCGGAUCACGAUUCAUGAUUUCUUUGCAGAUGUUUGCCCAUGGAGAAGUACCCCGCCCCUCCCGCUGCACGAAGCCGACCCCGCGGCCGUCGCGCGCAUGCUCGCCAAGAUGGUGAAGCCGAAGAAGGUCGGCGUCAUGGUCAAGGAGGGUGGGGGCACCGAGGUGUUCAUCGUCGAGAAGCCCAUCCACGGCAGGGAGCAGGUUCUUUCAGCGCCGGUCACCCGCUUCGCGGCUCUCGUGAGGGAGGAGGAGGAGGCGGCGGCUGAGGAGGCUCCACAGGCCGUCGACGGCGUGGCCCCGUAG